UAUGGGGAUGCAAUCAUCCAACAUGUGGUCCUGAUAAAAUUUGAUCAGUUCAGUGUAACUUUUUAAUAGAAUAAAUAUCUGAUUGAUUCUUCUUGUAGCUUCUUCAUUGUUGAAAUUGAGUUAUUAUCACUAAAUUUCACCAUGGAGAUUGAAAUACCAUCUUUGCCAAUCCUUUUCUUCUCAUACAUAUUCUUGUUUAUGGUGAUAAAAAUACUCAUAAAAAGCUCAUCAACUAAUUCAAAACUCCCACCAGGACCAUGGAAACUUCCCAUUGUUGGAAACAUUCACAAUUUCAUUGGCUCUUCCUUAAUCCAUCAUACACUAAGAGAUUUAGCCAAAAAAUAUGGACCAUUGAUGUACUUAAAAAUUGGUGAAGUUCCAACCAUAGUAAUCUCAUCACCUGAAUAUGCCAAACAAGUGAUGAGAGUUCAUGAUGUUAAUUUUGCAUCAAGACCCUCAAUUCUUUUUUCGAAAAUCAUGUUAUAUGAUGGUGCUGAUCUUGCUUUUGCUCCAUAUGGUGAACAUUGGAGACAAGUAAGGAAGAUUUUCAUGCAAGAGCUUUUGAGUACAACAAGAGUUCAGUCUUUCAGAUACAUAAGAGAAGAAGAGAUGUUCAACUUCAUCGACUCGAUUUCCUUGAAUGUUGGCGGUGUUAUUAAUCUUAGUGAGAGGCUUAACAUGAUGAUGUAUAACAUUAUUUCGCGUGCAGCCUGUGGUAGGACAAGGAUUCACAACCAAGAGUUUGUGCCUGUGUUGAAGGAAGCUAUUGAGGUAUCAUUAGGGUUUGAACUUGCUGAUUUGUUUCCUUCUUUUAAGUUAUUUUAUCACAUGAGUCCUUCUAAGCCUAAACUUGAGAGGCUUAGAGAAAGGGUAGCAAGAAUAUUUGAAGAGAUUAUCCAUGAGCAUAAGGAGCAAAAGCCCAAAGAGAGAAGUGAUGAGGAUUUGGUUGAUGUUCUUCUUAAGUUUCAUGACAAUGAUGACCUUGGAUUUUCUUUGACAAGCGAGAAUAUUUAUGCAAUAAUCUUUGAAAUAUUUGCUGCUGGGAUUGAGACAUCAGCAACAUCUGUAGAAUGGGCUAUGUCAGAAUUGAUGAAGAAUCCGAAGAUGAUGAAAAGGGCACAAGAUGAGGUUAGAGAAGUCUUUCACAGAAAAGGGUUGGAAAAUGAGAGAGCACUCGAUGAGAUGAAAUACUUAAAUUCAGUUAUCAAAGAAUCCAUGAGACUUCAUCCUACUUUACCAUUGUUAUUGCCAAGACAAAAUAAAGAGAAGUGUGAGAUUAAUGGUUAUGAGAUACCUGCUAAAACCAACACUAUAGUUAAUGCAUGGGUUAUUGGAAGAGAUCCUACGUAUUGGCCUGAACCUGAGAUUUUUAAACCCGAAAGGUUCUUAGAUGAUAGCAAUUUUAUCGACUCGAAAUUAGGUAACAACUUUGAAUAUCUUCCAUUUGGUGGUGGAAGAAGAAUAUGUGUUGGUAUGUCUUUUGGUCUCCUCAGUGUGGAGCUUUCUCUUGCAUUGUUGCUAUAUCACUUUGAUUGGAUGCUUCCCAAUGGAAUGAAAAAUGAAGAUUUAGACAUGACUGAGUCUUUUGGUGCAUCCGUUCAAAGAAAAAAUGUUCUACAAGUUAUUCCUAAUAACAGGAAAGAUGAACUAAUCGGUGCAUAUGUGUCUUGGUGACAUUGAUAAUUAUAAUAAUAAUCUGUAUUUUAUGGAUAACAAGUUAAAUUAUUAACAUUCUAGAAUCUUUGUUGAUGCUCAUAUAAGUCCUAGGCCAUAUGCUUUUUUAUUUUGAACGAAUAGUACAAUCAAAAUAUAUUUAAUUAAUUAGUAUUCAUUAAUUAUGA